AGGGGAAGCCCGGAGGGGAGGAACACCACCCCCACCUCCUUCUCUCCUCGCCCCUCGCAGUCAGGGGGGAGAGCUUUUGUUCCACAGCUCCGAGGACGCACGCUGAUGGAUGGAUAGCAGGAGGAGGAGAAGAUGUCGUUCUUCGGCGUGGAGUUUGUCAGGAAGAAGGAGCGAGAGCUGGAGAGAAGACUCUGCGCCAACGACCGCGAGUUCAACCUGUCCUUCAAAUACGCAACGAACGCCAUCAAGACCUCCAAGUACAACCCCUUCACCUUCCUACCCAUGAACCUGUUUGAGCAGUUCCAGAGGAUCGCUAACGCCUACUUCCUGUUCCUGCUGGUGCUCCAGGUGAUUCCUCAGAUCUCCUCUCUGUCCUGGUUCACCACCGUCGUGCCGCUCGUCCUCGUGCUGACGGUCACCGCCGCCAAGGACGCCACCGACGAUCUGAAUCGCCACAGGAGCGACAAUCAGGUCAACAACAGAAAAGUUGACGUCCUUAUUGACAGAAAACUGCGCAGCGAGAAAUGGAUGGACGUCCAGGUGGGAGACAUCAUCAAACUGGAAAACAACCAGUUUGUCACCGCCGACCUCCUGUUGCUCUCCAGCAGUGAACCCCUCAACCUGGUUUACAUCGAGACGGCAGAACUGGACGGAGAGACUAACCUGAAGGUGAGACAGGCCCUGACCGUGACGGGAGACCUGGGCGAGGAUGUCGAAAAGCUGGCCGACUUCAACGGCGAGGUGCGCUGCGAACCCCCCAACAACCGCCUGGACCGCUUCACGGGAACACUGACCCACGCGGGCCAGAAGUACUCGCUGGACAACGAGAAGAUCCUGCUGCGAGGCUGCACCCUGAGGAACACCGGCUGGUGCUUCGGACUGGUGCUGUUCGGAGGACCGGAGACCAAGCUGAUGCAGAACUGUGGGAAGAGCACGUUCAAGAGGACCAGCAUUGACCGCCUGAUGAAUGUCCUCGUCCUGUGUAUUUUCGGCUUCCUGGCCUUCAUGUGCGUCAUCCUGGCGAUAGGAAACUGCUUGUGGGAGCUGAACGCGGGCUCCCGGUUCACCGUGUUCCUGCCUCGGCAGGACGGAAACGGCGCCGGCUUCUCCGCCUUCCUCACCUUCUGGUCCUACGUCAUCAUCCUCAACACCGUGGUGCCCAUCUCUCUCUACGUCAGCGUGGAGAUCAUCCGCCUGGGGAACAGCUUCUACAUCGACUGGGACAGGAAGAUGUACCACUCGCGCAACGACACGCCCGCCGAGGCUCGCACCACCACGCUGAACGAGGAGCUCGGCCAGAUCAAGUACGUCUUCAGCGACAAGACGGGGACGCUCACCCAGAACAUCAUGACCUUCAACAAGUGCUCCAUCAAUGGAAAGUCCUACGGGGACGUCUUCGACUACACCGGUCAGAGACUAGACAUCACUGAGUGCACGGAUACUGUGGACUUCUCCUUCAACCCACUGGCCGACCCUCGCUUUGUGUUCCACGACCACGCGCUGGUGGAGGCGGUGAAGCUGGAGAACCCGGAGGUCCACACCUUCUUCCGGCUGCUGGCUCUCUGCCACACCGUCAUGGCCGAGGAGAAGAAGGAAGGGGAGCUCUCCUACCAGGCCCAGUCCCCGGAUGAGGGCGCUCUGGUGACGGCCGCCAGAAACUUUGGAUUCGUCUUCCGCUCCCGAUCGCCCGACAGCGUUUCCAUCGUGGAAAUGGGCGAGCAGCGCCGCUACGAGCUGCUGGCCAUCCUGGACUUCAACAACGUCCGCAAGAGGAUGUCGGUCAUCGUCAGGAACCCGGAGGGGAAGCUCCGCCUCUACUGCAAAGGCGCCGACACGAUCAUCUACGAGCGGCUGCAUCAGUCCUGCAGCAAACUGAUGGACGUCACCACGGAGCACAUGAACGAGUUUGCGGGGGAGGGCCUGCGGACCCUAGCGCUGGCCUACAAGGAUCUGGACCAGGAGUAUUUCAGCCGGUGGAAGCAGCGGCACCACGAGGUCAGCACCUCGCUGGACGACCGGGAAGGAAGAAUGGACGAGCUGUACGAGGAGAUAGAGACGGAUCUGCAGCUGCUCGGAGCCACGGCGAUAGAAGACAAGCUGCAGGACGGAGUGCCUCAGACCAUCGAGCAGCUGGCCAAAGCCGACAUCAAAGUCUGGGUUUUGACUGGCGACAAGCAAGAAACCGCGGAGAACAUCGGCUACUCGUGCAACCUGCUGCGGGAGGAGAUGAGCGAGGUCUUCGUGCUCUCGGGGAACUCGCCCGAGGACGUCAGACAGGAACUGAGAAACGCGCUGAGCUCCAUGAAGCCAGCGGAGGACUCGGCGGUCCGGACAGACGGCCCUCUGGGUAAACGCGGGCAGGUGAUGCCAGACGAGGCGGUGAAUGGAGAGUACGGACUGGUCGUCAACGGACACAGCCUGGCCUACGCCCUGGAGCGCAGCAUGGAGCUGGACUUCCUGAGGACGGCGUGCAUGUGCAAGGCGGUGAUCUGCUGCAGGGUCACUCCGCUGCAGAAGGCUCAGGUGGUCGAGCUGGUGAAGAAGUACAAGCGGGCCGUCACGCUGGCGAUUGGCGACGGAGCCAACGACGUCAGCAUGAUCAAAGCCGCCCACAUCGGAGUGGGCAUCUCGGGUCAGGAGGGCAUGCAGGCCGUGCUGUCCAGCGACUACUCCUUCGCGCAGUUCCGCUUUCUGCAGCGCCUCCUGCUGGUGCACGGCCGCUGGUCCUACCUGCGCAUGUGCAAGUUCCUGCGCUACUUCUUCUACAAGAACUUCACCUUCACCUUCGUCCACUUCUGGUACGCCUUUUUCUGCGGCUUCUCUGCACAGACGGUGUAUGACGAGUGGUUCAUAACGCUCUACAAUCUGGUGUACACCGCACUACCUGUGCUGGGAAUGAGUCUGUUCGACCAGGAUGUGAACGACGGGUGGAGUUUCCAGCACCCUCAGCUCUACGUCCCCGGUCAACUCAACAUGUACUUCAGCAAGAAGGCCUUCUUCCAGUGCGCCCUGCACAGCUGCUACAGCUCGCUGGUGCUCUUCUUCAUCCCCUACGCGGCCAUGCACGACACGGUGAGGGCCGACGGGAAGGACGUGGCCGACUACCAGUCCUUCGCCCUCCUCACGCAGACCUGCCUGCUGUUCGCCGUCACCAUCCAGUUGGGGUUGGAGAUGUCCUACUGGACGGCGGUGAACACCCUCUUCGUGUUGGGCAGUCUGGUCAUGUACUUCGCCGUCACCUUCACCAUGUACAGUAACGGCAUGUUCCUUGCGCUGCCCUCGGCCUUCCCGUUCGUCGGAACUGCCCGAAACUCUCUGAACCAGCCCAACAUUUGGCUGACGGUCCUCCUCACCUCCAUCCUGUGUGUCCUACCUGUCGUCACCUGCCGCUUCCUGUUUAUUCAGCUCUGCCCCACCAUCAAUGACAAGGUGAUGUUCAAGGUACGACAGGCCAAAGCCACGCCCCCUCCUCUGCCUCGCCGCGCCCGCAUCCGCCGCACCAGCUCCCGCCGCUCCGGCUACGCCUUCUCGCACGCGCAAGGCUACGGCGACCUGGUGACGUCGGGCCGCUUCCUGCGGCGCCCCGCCCCGUCGCGCUCCUCGGGUCUGGCCCACGCGGGGCGCUCCACCACCAGCUUCAGCCCCAUGGGGAGGUCGGCGGGCUACAGCCCGACGGGGCGCCCCCAGGGCGCCAAGGUCCAGGACGUGGAGGUGACGUCGCUGCAGAUGUACAGGAGCAUCAGAGAUCCCGCCCUCUGACGGACGACUGGCUUAUUGGGGGGGCGCCGCCCUAGGAAGAGGCAGGACAUCUGUGUGUUGCUGGAAAAGGUUUUCCCCAAAGCUCCAAUCUGUCCGUCCGCUAAGACGAAGUCCACGGUCCGCUCAGCCCGAGACGAGGUCACGGGAAGGUCAGGGCUUUUAUUUUGUAAUGGUUUCAUCAAAGGGAAGCUACAGAAACAUCUCGUCCUCUUUGGAAUUCGAGGGUUCAUGUGAACUGUGGCUCAUAAGCGAGGAGACGGCGGGAGGGCAGAUUCACUUUUAUGUAGGAAUCAACCACAGAAGGAGGUGGAAGGGGGGGGGGGUAUUCAGGCCUCACAAGGAGGACGUGGUGUCACCAUGUCUGUAGGCUACCCAGAAUGCCUUUCCCCUGGGAGUCCAGAUGCACAGCAGGCCUUUUGUACAGAGGAGACAACCAGCCAUUUGCAAUAUGAAAUUAACUUUUUGUACAGUUUUUACUUUAUUCCUAAAGCUUUAAAUUUUUCCUUUAGGCAGAUGGUGUUGCCCCAUGGCAGCGUCUCAUGGCAGCGUCUCAUGGCAGCGUCUCAUGGCAGCGACUCAUGGCAGUGUCAUAUAAAAGUGUCACGUGACAGCAAGAGAAUGUUUCAAAGAUGAAUCCCAUAUUUCUGCUUUCAUCGCCUUCUAUUUCCUCUUAGUGGAGUAAUAGCUUGUUGCUCACUCAUUUGUUUAGUAAAUUAUAAAGUAAAAAGUGCAUUUAAAAAAAAAAAUGUAUGUGGAUCAACUUGUCUUCACGCUUCUCCGGUAAAUACUUGUGUUUUAUUAAUCAAGGACAAAAUGAGUUUAAUGGAUGUUUUUGAUUAAAGUACUGUAUGUUACCUGGAUUAAACCGGAUCACAUUUAGACCCACUUCAGAGCAAAUGUAGUUAAAGUACACAAGAAUGUGUCUUAAAUUUUUCUUGAUUGAUAAUAAUAUCAUUGUUUGCAAAUGAUGUGUUUUCUUCAGCCACAAGCCUGCUACUUUUUGUCCGUGGACCCUAUUUAUUCUACCAAAACGCCUGUUUGUCUCAGUUGUUUCUUGCCGGUUUCUAACGUCUUUCUCUCUCAAUUCUGGCUGGAAAUGGGCUCUUUGAGUCCGCCUUGAUAUCGAAAGAAAAAGAUAUUCCUUUAUAUAAUGCAUUGCAGGGACUAUAAUGAAAAAAACGUUUGAUGCAAAAAAAGCGAUGUUAACAAAUACAUUUGCACAACUCAUUCAAUGACUGGCAGCAGCUACGUGUGAAGCACAACGUUUUACACGCCGCUGUUAUUUUGAAAUGUUUCAAUGUUUGUUGUUUGACUUCAAGCUGAAGAUGACGGCGGCUCUUUAACACACAAAGAUUCGUUCAGGAAUGAUGCACUAAAGCUUUAUCUGAUAGCCGACCAUAUUUUCCAUCUCUCGUGGUAUCCAUGGAGAUGCACCGACUGGUUUUAUCAGACGGAAACUUUCAAAUGACGAGAGGCCGUCAUGGGAGGAGGGAAGGAGUGAGGAAAGGAGGGAAGGAGGGAACAGCAGGAGGUCUGAGUGAAGAAUGACUGGGUGAACGUGUGCUUCAUUUAACCCAGAAGUCACAGCGGUUGUCAUUAACGUAAACAGCAAGUUUACUGUUUCUGAAAAAAUAUAUACACAAGUGGUCUGAGGAGACCUUUCCUUAUUUCCUUAUUUCCUUAUUUCCUUAUUCAUGGUCAUAAUGUAGUGAAUUGUAGCCAUAAUGAAAACGUAAGAUAAUUGUCAAUAUAUAUUACUGUCAUUAUAUCCCUGUUUCUCAAAUAUGACAAAAAUAUACAUUGUUUUAUCUCCGCUCUUCCUGUUAUCCAUUUUGUAUCUUUUGUACUCAACAUUUUUACUGCAAUAAA